AUGGAGAACAGCGAGAAGCUGGUUGGCAGUUCCCCGCCAAUCGUCGAUGAGGAGACUGCCGGCACGCGAGCGGUAGUUUUCCCGGACGACCAUGGCGACAUUCGAGAGGAGAGAAUCCAACACGGAUACCCUCGUCCCAGAGGAGUUGAAAUGAAGCGCGAGAUGACCAAGGAGGACAAGGAGCUCGCCGCUGCUGGGUAUGAGCACCUCGACGAGCAAAAGACAAAGAAUAAGAAAGGUGACAAUAAGUUGGACAAUGUCGACAUUCAAGAGCAUCAUUUGUCGUACAACGAGCUUGGGUCCGCUCUCGAUACUUCUAUGGACACCAAGGACCCUGGCAAUUCGUACGGACUUUCCGCAGACGAAGCAAAGGCGAGAUUGGCCCGUGAUGGACCUAACGUGCUUACUCCUCCCAAGAAGAAGUCACCUUUGCGCAUGUACAUUGAUCUUCUCUUGACGAUGUUCAACAUCCUCUUGAUCUUCGCUGGCAUCCUGGAAUACAUUUUGUUAGGUAUUGACUUCAAGGAUAAUUUCGCCAAUACCUACCUUGGUGGAAUUUUAAUUGCAGUCGCCUUCCUCAACGCCUUCAUCGAAUUCUUCCAGCUGCAGAAAUCUGAGGCUAUUUUGGCGUCCUUCCUGGCGAUGAUACCACCCUCCUGUCGAGUCGUCCGUGAUGGCACCAUCACUUCUGUACCCGCAGCGGAAUUGGUGAAGGGUGAUAUCGUCCUUCUCCGCACCGGUGACAAGACGCCUGCCGAUUUGAUCAUCUUCGCGUCUACCGAUCUCAAAGUUGACAACAGUAACCUGACCGGCGAAUCGGAAGCGGUUGAGCGUUUUGGUCGUCCGGAAGGAAGCAAGUCCCGGCCGGUGGAAGCAGAGAAUCUGGUGUUCAACUCGACUUUGAUCGUCAAUGGCGAAGGCUGGGGAGUCGUUGUGCGCACGGGAGACCAUACCCUGAUUGGUCAAAUCGCGGCUCUCACUGGUGGCGAAUCCGGAAACAAGAGUCCUCUUGCCGUCGAGAUCGCUCGAUUCGUGAUGAUGGUAUCCGCGAUUGCUAUCAUCUUUGCCGUGGUGUUCUUCGUCGUCGGCAUUACAACUGUGUACAAAGGCAAGGGUGCGGAGACGGUGACUUUCGCCGUUUCCAUAUUGGUUGCCUUUGUACCCGAAGGUCUGCCCUCAGUGGUUACCCUUCUAUUAUCUAUUGCGGCGAAACGAAUGGCUGCUCAGAAUGUGCUCGUCAAGGAUUUGCAGGGCGUUGAGACACUUGGUAGGCUCGGUGAAUAUGUCUUAUUCGUGGUCUGCAAUGCACUAUUGACUCCCUUCCAGCUCACACUCCUUGCCACCGAUAAAACCGGUACUUUGACCCGUAACCAAAUGACGGUUACCAAUCUCUGGAACGGCGAGAAGAUGUACACGGCAUUCCAGUCGAAUAAUGACUCCGACUCUGUGGAAGCUUUCUCCAUCAGUGCACCUGGCAUGCGCGAGAUGGUCGACAUCGCUGCCUUAAAUUCUCGAGUCAAGUUCGACAAGAUGGAUGUUCCUUUCGAUCAGCGCACAAUCUUUGGCGACGCCACAGAAACAGGUCUGACGCGUUUUGCUGGACGGUACAUCCAGGACUAUGAUGCAUUACACAAGCAACAUCCCAAAGUGUUUGAAAUCCCCUUCAACUCCUCGAACAAGUGGGCUCUUGUCAUCCUCAACAAACCGCAUACUGCCGGAGAUCUCACUUUGUACAUCAAAGGCGCUCCGGAACGUGUCCUGGAAAAGUGUUCAACUUAUCUCAAGGACGGCAACAUUGAACCCAUCACGGAUGACUUCAAGGAUGCUUAUGAUGACGCUUAUAAUUACAUGGCCUCUCGAGGCCAUCGUGUGAUCGCUUGCGCGCAGAAGCUGCUCCCUUCGGAUCCUUAUGACCUGUCAUAUCCGUUCUCGAAGAAUGAUGGCAAAUACCCCGGCACGGAGUUCUGUUUCUGCGGACUGAUCUCCUUGGAGGACCCACCCAAGCACGGCGUGCGAGAGGCGAUCGGUACUCUCCGUCUAGCUGGCAUCAAGGUGAUGAUGGUGACCGGUGAUCAUCCCAAGACUGCUGAAGCUAUUGCGCGCAAGAUCAAUCUUAUCCUGGGCGACACUAAGGAGACCCUCAGCGCAAAGACUGGACGAUCAAUGGAAGAGAUUUAUGAAGACGAGGUCGACGCGGUUGUUGUCCACGGCGACAGUAUCGAUGGGCUCCAAGGCUGGCAGUGGGACCAAAUAUUCUCCAAAAAUGAGAUUGUAUUUGCGCGUACUUCUCCACAGCACAAACUGGAGAUCGUGAAACGUGCUCAAGCACUUGGCCAUAUCGUCGGUGUCACUGGGGACGGUGUCAAUGAUUCGCCCGCUCUCAAGAAAGCGGAUCUCGGGAUUGCAAUGAACAUUUCCGGGUCGGAUGUGUCCAAAGAGGCAGCGAACAUGAUUCUCCUUGAUGACAACUUCGCCUCGACAGUCAAGGGUGUCGCUGAGGGCCGUCAGAUAUUCGUGAACCUGAAGCGUUCCAUCCAUACGCCGGAAGUUAUCCCGCAACUGCUUUAUGUUGUUGUCCCGAUCCCUCUUCCCUUGUCUGCCAUUCUCAUCCUUGUCAUCGAUCUUGGCUUCGAGCUGUUUGUGGCUCUUUCGUUCGCAUGGGACAAGCCGGAAACAAAAGACGGGCUCAUGCGCAUGGCUCCCCGGAAACCAGUCAACGACCGCUCUAUCAUGUCCCUCAAGCGACGUGCUCUUCGUCGCACGAAGACGCUUCGGCGUGAUACAGAGAUGCAAGAAGCGAUCCCCCCAAGUAAAAUAUCGGCAUGGGCCUCGAAAGCGAAAGCACCCUUCACUCGGGACUUCUGGGAAGAUAACAUGGAGAGGACCGACGAUGAGUCUUUGGUCGACGGCAAGCUUCUGAGUUACUCAUACAUGGAAGCUGGUGUGAUCGAGAUGCUUGGAGCUCUUGUUGCCUACUUUGUUGUCUUUUACAAGAACGGCUUUACGCCAACUGACUUGCGCAUGGCACAAUCAUCCAAAACUACCUACUUCACGAAGUCGAGCCCUGAUUUCACCAAUAGCAGAGGACAGAUAAUCGGCUCCUCCCAGCAGGUAGAGGCUUUCGCGAAAGCUCAGUCUAUUGUCUAUCUUUCCAUCUUUAUCAUUCAGUGCUUCAACGUCUUCGCUGUGAAAGCCAGGUUCUCCUUCCCAUUCGGCAAGGCAGUUGUUGGCAACUACUACAAUUUCGCUGGCAUCUUCGGCGGCGCGUGCCUGGGCAUCUUCAUCAUUUACACGCCGCCCCUUCAUGUUGUGUUUGGGGGCACGUACCACUUGUCACCAUUAUACUGGCUUAUCCCGGUAGCGUUCGGUGUUCUGCUAUUGGUGUGGGCAAGUAUUCGUGUACUGAUCUUGAGGAAGAGCGUCGAGCAGUCGCGGGUCAAGGAUAUCAAGGGUUUGAUGAUGUUCCCGACCAUGCGGACGAUGAGCAUGCGUUCAAAGCACUGAUGUAUGGCUAUUGGACUUUGUUGGACAUCAGUGAUUUGAGACCUACGACUUUAUGACCGUUAGGAAGUUGACAAUACAACGUUAUGCAGCCAAUACUGACAUGUAGCACAAAGUUUCGGUAAUGAAUAUAUACCCUUAC